AUGAGCAGUUUUGAACCAGUCUUUGUUGUCGAUGGUAAGGGACAUUUAUUAGGUCGUUUAGCCUCCAUUGUUGCUAAACAAAUUUUAAAUGGUCAAAAGGUUGUUGUCGUCAGAGCUGAAGCUUUGAACAUUUCUGGUGAAUUUUUCAGAAACAAAUUAAAGUACCAUGAUUAUUUGAGAAAGGCUACUCGUUUCAACAAGACUCGUGGUCCAUUCCAUUUCAGAGCUCCAUCUAGAAUCUUCUACAAGGCGGUUAGAGGUAUGGUUUCUCAUAAGACUGCUCGUGGUAAGGCUGCCUUAGAACGUUUAAAGGUCUUUGAAGGUAUUCCACCACCAUAUGACAAGAAGAAGAGAGUUGUAGUCCCAAACGCUUUGAGAGUUUUGAGAUUGAAACCAGGUAGAAAGUAUACUACUUUAGGGAAGUUGUCCUCUUCUGUUGGUUGGAAAUACGAAGAUGUUGUCUCCAAGUUGGAAGAAAAGAGAAAAGUUAGAUCUGCUGAAUACUACGCCAAGAAGAGAGCUUUCAACAAGAAAAUUGCAUCUGCUGAUGCCUCUGUUGCUGAAACUGAAGCUGCAAAACAAUUAGUUACUUUCGGUUACUAA